AUGGAAGGCGUCAAAUGUGUGCUGCUUGAUAUUGAGGGCACAGUCGCCCCCAUCUCAUUCGUAAAAGAGACAUUGUUUCCAUACGCUAUUCGAGCACUACCAGAAGUACUCGCCAACAAGUGGGAAGAGCCCGACUUCAGACCAUUCCGUGAUGCAUUCCCUGCGGAGUAUCGACGAGAUUCAUCUGCUCUUCAAGCGCACGUGGAAGACUUGACCAAGCGCGAUGUGAAGAUUGCCUAUCUCAAGAACCUCCAGGGCUUCCUAUGGGAGAAUGGCUACAAGACGGGAGCGUACGCAACACCACUGUUCGCGGACGUGGCACCAGUUCUGAAGCAGUGGAAGGACGCCGGCUAUGCAUUAGCAAUCUACUCCUCGGGCAGCGUCUUCGCACAGAAGCUGCUCUUCGGACAUGUGCAGGUGGCAGCUGAUGACACUACUGCGUCGAAGAAGCGCGACCGAGCGGGUGAUGACGCUACCGAAGAUGAGGUGUCGACGACCGAUGCACCGCCUCCAAGCAAGUCAUCAUCCUUCGCAUACGGCGAAGCUGUGGAGCCUCCCCCUCUUGCGGACCUAGAUACCAAGGCUGGUGCUGGAUCAGUCACUGGUGACGCGACCAAUACCACGCCUGCUGAUGACGCGAAGGCGGUCACAGAUGCCACUACCGAAGAAGUCGUGACCAAGGCACAGGAGCAUGAGGUUAAGUCUCGAAAGGUCGAGACUGAAGAUCUGACUGCAUUGUUCAACGGCAGUUGGUAUGACACCACGAACGCCGGGCUCAAGACUGAAAUCACUAGCUACAGCAAGAUCGCUGAGUCGCUCGAGUUUGCUCCAGAACAGGUGCUCUUCUUGAGUGAUAAUGUUAAGGAGGUUGAUGCCGCCAUUGGUGCUGGCAUGAAGUCACUUCUGGUGGAUCGACCAGGCAAUGCGACUGUGUCGGAUGCUGACAAGGAGAGGUUGGAAAUUGUGACCGGCUUGGAUCAGAUCAAAUUGUCAGAGGCUGCCUGA